AUGCAAGCCGUGCAAUCGAGCCGACCCUCGCAGCGUCUCCACUGGACGAGCGCCUCGGCGGCCUCGCGCUCGCGCAGCGCAAGGGCACCUCAGUCUGGCAGCGCGAGGCCAAGAGCACUCCAGAGAGAGAGAGAGAGAGACUCGCAGGAGCGGAGCGGCGUGCUCGGCCGGUGCUACUCACGAGCAAGCAGCGAUCCUCGGGCAGCGAUUGGCGCAGAGAGGCAGGAACGCUUCGAGAUCACAUGGCGGAGCUCCAGUACCACAUGCGGCUACGGCCAGGACCGAGCGGUGCACGAGACCCCGCUGGCCCCUUCGGUGAUCGCGGUGGCGGCGGAGCUGGCCGAGAAGCGCGCACGGGCGUAG